CGUGAAUGUAUUUUAUUCAAGGAAUCGAUUCUUUAACUCACUACGAUGAAUUAAGUGAUACUGUGAAAAGGCUAUGGAUUCUGUGAUGAUAACAAAUUGCUGGAAAACGUUUGUGAUCUUGGUAUCACUUACAAAGAGCAGUUAUGGAAUUGGUGAAACCUGCAUUGGUAAUCGCGACUGUACUGGUACUGGAGAGUUUUGUGAAAGGAGCAGUUGUGUUUGUGAUUCCAAUACGCACUACCAAGAACCAAAACAAACAACAUGUUCAAAGAAGGUCGAUCUUGGACAAGGAUGCUACUCUGGAGUCGCUAACCAGUGUGCAGCCGGCGGUGCUUCAUGCACAGAUGGAACUUGCAAGUGUUCUAGUGGUUACUACCAGUCUGCGGCCAAUACAUGUUUACGGCGUGUUAACCUUGCACAAGAAUGUAUGGCAUAUUCAAAUGUCACCAAUCAGUGUUCAGCCGACAACGCUGACUGCAUAAAUAACACUUGCCAGUGUUCCAGUGACUAUUACCGAUCUGCAGACAAUACAUGUACACAUCGUAAGACACUUGUGUUAUUACUAAAACAUUCGCACAUACUUAUCACUUUAAUUUUAGUCGUUUAUGCAUUAUCUGUUGGUUUAGAUACACAUUGUAUUGACUGAUUUGUCAUUAUCUACGGUGUAUUUUCAUACAAAGGUUGAGUUGAGUAAAUCAUGCUAUAUGUAUUCCGGAGUCACAAACCAGUGUUCCGCCGGCAAUGCUGCCUGCAAAGGUGGAAGCGCAAGAGGAAUUUGCAAGUGUAAUGGGAUUUAUUACCAGUCUGCAGAAAAUGUUUGUUCACCAAAGCUUGACCUUGGACAAAGAUGUACCUUUUAUACUGGAGUUAGCAAUCAGUGUUUAGCUGUAUAUUCUACAUGCACAAAUGGCGAGUGCAAGUGUGUCGGUACCUUCUACCAGUCUGCAGCCAAUACAUGUACACAACGGGUGAGCCUUGCAAAAGGAUGUACCGCAUACCCAAACGUCACCAAUCAGUGUUUAGCUGACUAUGCUGACUGCAUAAAUAACACUUGCCAGUGUUCCAGUGGCUAUUACCGAUCUGCAGACAAUAAAUGUGUACAUCAGGUAAAGUUGAGAGGAUCAUGCUAUUUAUAUCCUGGAGUCACCAACCAGUGUUCCGCCGGCAAUGCUGCAUGUAUAGGUGGAGGUACAAGAGGCAGUUGCGAGUGUUAUGGAAACUUUUACCAAUCAGCAGAAAAUGCAUGUUCAAAGAAGCUUGACCUUGGACAGAGAUGUACUUUAUAUACUGGAGUGCGCAACCAGUGUUCAGCGGUCUAUGCUUCAUGCACAGAUGAAACAUGCAAAUGUUCCAGUGGCUCCUACCAGUCUGCAGCUAAUACAUGUAUACCACGGGUGAGCCUUGCAAAAGGAUGUACCGCAUACUCAAACGUCACCAAUCAGUGUUCAGCCGACUAUGCCGACUGCAUAAAUAACACUUGCCAGUGUUCCAGUGGCUAUUACCGAUCUGCAGACAAUGAAUGUGUAUAUCAGGUAAAGUUGAGAGGAUCAUGCUAUUUAUAUCCUGGAAUCACCAACCAGUGUUCCGCCAGCAAUGCUGCAUGUAUAGGUGGAGGUACAAGAGGCAGUUGCGAGUGUUAUGGGAACUUUUACCAAUCUGCAGAAAAUACAUGUUCAAAGAAGCUUGACCUUGGACAGAGAUGUACUUUAUAUACUGGAGUGCGCAACCAGUGUUCAGCGGUCUAUGCUUCAUGCACAGAUGAAACAUGCAAAUGUUCCAGAAGCUCCUACCAGUCUGCAGCUAAUACAUGUAUACCACGGGUGAGCCUUGCAAAAGGAUGUACCGCAUACCCAAACGUCACCAAUCAGUGUUCAGCCGACUAUGCCGACUGCAUAAAUAACACUUGCCAGUGUUCCAGUGGCUAUUACCGAUCUGCAGACAAUGAAUGUGUAUAUCAGCUUGACCUUGGACAGAGAUGUACUUUAUAUACUGGAGUGCGCAACCAGUGUUCAGCGGUAUAUGCUUCAUGCACAGAUGAAACAUGCAAAUGUUCCAGUGGCUCCUACCAGUCUGCAGCUAAUACAUGUAUACCACGGGUGAACCUUGCACAAGAAUGUACAGCAUACCCAAAUGUCGGCAAUCAGUGUUCAGCCAACAAUGCUGACUGCGUAAACAACACAUGCCAGUGUUCCAGUGGUUAUUACCGAUCUGCAGACAAUAUAUGUAUACAUCAGGUAAAGUUGAGAGGAUCAUGCUCUUUGUAUCAUGGAGUCACCAACCAGUGUUCCGCCGAGAAUACUGCAUGUAUAGGCGGAGGUACAAGCGGCAGUUGCCAGUGUUAUGGGAACUUUUACCAAUCUGCUGAAAAUACAUGUUCACAGAAGCUUGACCUUGGACAGAGAUGUACUUUAUAUACUGGAGUGCGCAACCAGUGUUCAGCGGUCUAUGCUUCAUGCACAGAUGAAACAUGCAAAUGUUCCAGUGGCUCCUACCAGUCGGCAGCUAAUACAUGUAUACCACGGGUGAGCCUUGCAAAAGGAUGUACCGCAUACCCAAACGUCACCAAUCAGUGUUCAGCCGACUAUGCCGACUGCAUAAAUAACACUUGCCAGUGUUCCAGUGGUUAUUACCGAUCUGCAGACAAUAUAUGUAUACAUCAGGUAAAGUUGAGAGGAUCAUGCUCUUUGUAUCAUGGAGUCACCAACCGGUGUUCCGCCGAGAAUACUGCAUGUAUAGGCGGAGGUACAAGCGGCAGUUGCCAGUGUUAUGGGAACUUUUACCAAUCUGCUGAAAAUACAUGUUCACAGAAGCUUGACCUUGGACAGAGAUGUACUUUAUAUACUGGAGUGCGCAACCAGUGUUCAGCGGUCUAUGCUUCAUGCACAGAUGAAACAUGCAAAUGUUCCAGUGGCUCCUACCAGUCUGCAGCUAAUACAUGUAUACCACGGGUGAGCCUUGCAAAAGGAUGUACCGCAUACCCAAACGUCACCAAUCAGUGUUCAGCCGACUAUGCCGACUGCAUAAAUAACACUUGCCAGUGUUCCAGUGGUUAUUACCGAUCUGCAGACAAUAUAUGUAUACAUCAGGUAAAGUUGAGAGGAUCAUGCUAUUUAUAUCCUGGAGUCACCAACCAGUGUUCCGCCGGCAAUGCUGCAUGUAUAGGUGGAGGUACAAGAGGCAUUUGCCAGUGUUAUGGGAACUUUUACCAAUCUGCAGAAAAUACAUGUUCAAAGAAGCUUGACCUUGGACAGAGAUGUACUUUAUAUACUGGAGUGCGCAACCAGUGUUCAGCGGUCUAUGCUGCAUGCACAGAUGAAACAUGCAAAUGUUCCAGUGGCUCCUACCAGUCUGCAGCUAAUACAUGUAUACCACGGGUGAACCUUGCAAAAGGAUGUACCGCAUACCCAAAUGUCACCAAUCAGUGUUCAGCCGACAAUGCUGACUGCAUAAAUAACACUUGCCAGUGUUCCAGUGGCUAUUACCGAUCUGCAGACAAUACAUGUACACAUCAGGUUAAGUUGAGUAAAUCAUGCUAUAUGUAUUCCGGAGUCACAAACCAGUGUUCCGCCGGCAAUGCUGCCUGCACAGGUGGAAGCUCAAGAGGAAUUUGCAAGUGUAAUGGGAUUUAUUACCAGUCUGCAGAAAAUGUUUGUUCACCAAAGCUGGACCUUGGACAAAGAUGUACUUUUUAUACUGGAGUUAGCAACCAGUGUUUAGCCGUCUAUGCUACAUGCACAAAUGGAGAGUGCAAGUGUGUCGUUACCUUCUACCAGUCUGCAGCCAAUACAUGUACACGACGGGUGAACCUUGCACAAGAAUGUACAGCAUACCCAAAUGUCGACAAUCAGUGUUCAGCCAACAAUGCUGACUGCGUAAACAACACAUGCCAGUGUUCCAGUGGUUAUUACCGAUCUGCAGACAAUAUAUGUAUACAUCAGGUAAAGUUGAGAGGAUCAUGCUCUUUGUAUCAUGGAGUCACCAACCAGUGUUCCGCCGAGAAUACUGCAUGUAUAGGCGGAGGUACAAGCGGCAGUUGCCAGUGUUAUGGGAACUUUUACCAAUCUGCUGAAAAUACAUGUUCACAGAAGCUUGACCUUGGACAGAGAUGUACUUUAUAUACUGGAGUGCGCAACCAGUGUUCAGCGGUAUAUGCUUCAUGCACAGAUGAAACAUGCAAAUGUUCCAGUGGCUCAUACCAGUCUGCAGCUAAUACAUGUAUACCACGGGUGAGCCUUGCAAAAGGAUGUACCGCAUACCCAAACGUCACCAAUCAGUGUUCAGCCGACUAUGCCGACUGCAUAAAUAACACUUGCCAGUGUUCCAGUGGUUAUUACCGAUCUGCAGACAAUAUAUGUAUACAUCAGGUAAAGUUGAGAGGAUCAUGCUAUUUAUAUCCUGGAGUCACCAACCAGUGUUCCGCCGGCAAUGCUGCAUGUAUAGGUGGAGGUACAAGCGGCAGUUGCCAGUGUUAUGGGAACUUUUACCAAUCUGCAGAAAAUACAUGUUCAAAGAAGCUUGACCUUGGACAGAGAUGUACUUUAUAUACUGGAGUGCGCAACCAGUGUUCAGCGGUUUAUGCUGCAUGCACAGAUGAAACAUGCAAAUGUUCCAGUGGCUCCUACCAGUCUGCAGCUAAUACAUGUAUACCACGGGUGAACCUUGCAAAAGGAUGUACCGCAUACCCAAAUGUCACCAAUCAGUGUUCAGCCGACAAUGCUGACUGCAUAAAUAACACUUGCCAGUGUUCCAGUGGCUAUUACCGAUCUGCAGACAAUACAUGUACACAUCAGGCUAAGUUGAGUAAAUCAUGCUAUAUGUAUUCCGGAGUCACAAACCAGUGUUCCGCCGGCAAUGCUGCCUGCACAGGUGGAAGCUCAAGAGGAAUUUGCAAGUGUAAUGGGAUUUAUUACCAGUCUGCAGAAAAUGUUUGUUCACCAAAGCUGGACCUUGGACAAAGAUGUACUUUUUAUACUGGAGUUAGCAACCAGUGUUUAGCCGUCUAUGCUACAUGCACAAAUGGAGAGUGCAAGUGUGUCGUUACCUUCUACCAGUCUGCAGCCAAUACAUGUACACGACGGGUGAACCUUGCACAAGAAUGUACAGCAUACCCAAAUGUCGACAAUCAGUGUUCAGCCAACAAUGCUGACUGCGUAAACAACACAUGCCAGUGUUCCAGUGGUUAUUACCGAUCUGCAGACAAUAUAUGUAUACAUCAGGUAAAGUUGAGAGGAUCAUGCUCUUUGUAUCAUGGAGUCACCAACCAGUGUUCCGCCGAGAAUACUGCAUGUAUAGGCGGAGGUACAAGCGGCAGUUGCCAGUGUUAUGGGAACUUUUACCAAUCUGCUGAAAAUACAUGUUCACAGAAGCUUGACCUUGGACAAAGAUGUUCUUUAUAUACUGGAGUGCGCAACCAGUGUUCAGCGGUCUAUGCUGCAUGCACAGAUGAAACAUGCAAAUGUUCCAGUGGCUCCUACCAGUCUGCAGCUAAUACAUGUAUACCACGGGUGAGCCUUGCAAAAGGAUGUACCGCAUACCCAAACGUCACCAAUCAGUGUUCAGCCGACUAUGCCGACUGCAUAAAUAACACUUGCCAGUGUUCCAGUGGCUAUUCCCGAUCUGCAGACAAUGAAUGUGUAUAUCAGGUAAAGUUGAGAGGAUCAUGCUAUUUAUAUCCUGGAGUCACCAACCAGUGUUCCGCCGGCAAUGCUGCAUGUAUAGGUGGAGGUACAAGAGGCAUUUGCCAGUGUUAUGGGAACUUUUACCAAUCUGCAGAAAAUACAUGUUCAAAGAAGCUUGACCUUGGACAGAGAUGUACUUUAUAUACUGGAGUGCGCAACCAGUGUUCAGCGGUCUAUGCUUCAUGCACAGAUGAAACAUGCAAAUGUUCCAGUGGCUCCUACCAGUCUGCGGCUAAUACAUGUACACAAAGGGUGAACCUUGCACAAGCAUGUACAGCAUACCCAAAUGUCACCAAUCAGUGUUCAGCCGACAAUGCUGACUGCAUAAAUAACACUUGCCAGUGUUCCAGUGGCUAUUACCGAUCUGCAGACAAUAUAUGUUCUGAAAAAUCAAAAUUGAGACAAACAUGCAAUAUGUUCUCCGGUGUCACAAAGCAGUGCUCAGCCAACAAUGCUGUAUGUACAGGUGGAGCAACACGUGAAAGUUGUCAGUGUAAUUGGGGAUACUACCAGUCUGCAGACAAUCAAUGUUCACUGAUAUCGGAUGCACCACAUAACUUUGAAAUUACGGAACUUACCAGCAGAGCUUUCACAAUAUCUUGGGAGAGACCCAAAAAUGCAUACAGUGAAGGGUUCUUGGGUUAUGUUCUGAAAAUAACGGAAGGACAUCUUUGCAUAAAAGAAAUAAAAUACAAGUGUUUAAAUUGCCAAGGAAGCUUUGAUCGUGUUCCGUUAGCAAGCGCAUUUUGCGAUGAAGGAGAAAAAACAAAUGUUAAUCAAUCAGAGGCCGAGCUCCAAGAUUCCAGAAUUAUUUUUAGUAGUAAUACUUUUAAACCGGACACAAACUACACUUUAUUAGUUGCUGCUGUCUAUGGUGUUGGAUGGGGCCAACAGGCACAACAAUUCAUUCAAACUAAAGAAGAAGAACCACAGGCGCCUCCAAAUGCUGUUUUUGUUUUUGACAUAAGGAAGAGAUCUUUCAAUGUGUCAUGGAGUCUGAUUGGUCCAAGGCCGGGACACGUCAUAUAUACGGUGUCCCUAACUGCAAACUUGGGCGCUGAGUCAAAAACAUACACUGUUAUUGGCUAUGAUAACACAUAUCUUUUUGCUGAUGGGCUGCAAGAAAACUGGUAUUACACAGUAACCGUGAAAGCAGAAACAAGUGUUGGCAGUCCUAAAACAUCCGAUACAACAGAACAAUAUAAAACACUUCCAUCAGCGCCUGGACCCGUAACCAAUUUAAGAGCAGUUACAGCUCACGUGCACACAGAUAACUUUUACAAAAUGGCUGUUACAUGGAAAGCCCCUUUGUUGCUUGAGCGCAAUAGCGUGAUAAAGGAAUAUAUGCUUAUAAUACACAAUUUAGGAAACGGAACCGACAAUUCAAGGAUUUCUUCUGAGUUCAAGUCAUUCAUAUUUGAAUCCAAGCCUGGAAACAACUUUUACAGUAAAGAAGUUGACGUGAUACCAAAAACAACGUACCAAUUAGAAGUUUAUGCUGUAAACACUGAGAGUGCAGACAAUAUUGGCCAGAAGACAACAAUCACAGUUACGGCACCAUCUGAAUAUCCAGGCAAGCAGACGAGUCGGUCUGGUUUGCUAGCUGGAAUCAUCGUGGCUGUGUUUGUUGUGGUUGUCGGAGUCGGACUAUUGGUUGUAUUCUGUAUUCGAAGAAGAAAGAGAAAAUCUGAAGAGAGCAGUUAUAUAGACUUGAUGCCAUUAGAAAAAAAGAACACUAAAUACAAAGUGGGGACCAAGAAUAUUACUGAUUCGGUUUCAGCGAGCGAUGACACUUGUUUUAACGUCAACGAUCGUGUUAUAGCAGGAAACCAAGGGAUGCUUUUGACUGAUAUCCAAAAGUUCAAUGCCGUGUAUAUUUCUGGCUGUAAAUCUGAAAAGGAUUAUAUUCUUUGUUUCGAUCCUAAGCCCAAUAACGUCAAUGAUUUUUGGACCAUGGUUUUGGUGGAGGAAGUUGAUACCAUUGUGAUGUUUUCUGCAAAUAAAACUUCAAAGAAAAUGCUUAGGUACUGGCCACUUGAUUUCAAUGUACCAAAAAACUAUAAACAAGUUGCCGUGGAAGUUGCACACUUGAACACGUAUGAAGCACAUACCCAUAUGACGUUGAACAUCUCCUCGAGAGGAUCUGAUAGGACUAUUAACCACGUUCAAUGCUCGCCACUCUCGACAUUAAGUCCAAAAAGUUUCGUUGACUUUGUAAAGUUUGUGAAAUUGAACCUGAAGACUGGGCGUAUCCUGUUACACUCAAGCGAAGGCCUAGGAUACACUGUUCCGUUUGUUGUCUUGGAUACAUAUAUACAGCAGCUUUCUGAUGGGUCCUUGGCAGAGCAAAUAGACGUAUACAAGAUGUUGGUGAAUAUCAUGAAGACUCGCAAAGACCUUUUGCCUUCACAGGAAUUGCUAAUUUUUACCCAUGAGUGCGUGCAACGCAUUGGAAAAUGUGACUACCUACCGCUCAAAAGCACGGAUAAUAUAGAACAUAUUGAAAGUGAUUAUCAAAUGCUGCAUAUUGAUGACUGAUGUUCCUGACUAGUUCUCCUACUGGAUUUAUUCGUUUCCAGAUCCACCCAAAAGUUUAUUCGCCUGUAAUGAAAUAUGUGCAUUAUGAUAUAUAAUUUAAGGCUAAAUGUGUGCUGUAAUAAUAAUAAUAAUAAUAAUAAUAAUAAUAAUAAUAAUAAUAAUAAUAAUAAUAAUAAUAAUAAUAA